AUGAAGAUCUUUGCUGCUCUCUCAUUACUAUUUGUAUUAUUAGCCGUCUCUGCCACCUCCCGUAGCAUAACCAUCUACGAAGGUGGAAAUCCAGGUCAAUUUGACUUUUAUCUAUUUGUUCAACAAUGGAUUUAUUCUUAUUGUGGUCAACAAACUUGCAUUGCAUCAAAGGAAAGAGAAGCUUUCACAAUUCAUGGUUUAUGGCCAGAGAAUAGCGACGGUAGUUAUCCAAGUUUUUGUAAGGGACCAUCAUUCUCAUCGAGUGCAAUUCAAGAUUUGAUGAAUCAAUUAAACUAUGACUGGCCAUCUCUUACCGGUCCAAACACUGAUUUCUGGACUCAUGAAUGGUCAAAGCACGGUACCUGUUCAUUGACCGGUCCAAUCACCAACAUUCACGAUUACUUUGCCGCUGGUUUGAAGGUUUACAAUGCCUACAACAUCUCAUCGUCACUCGCUGAUCACGGUAUCGUCCCAUCCAACACUCAGUCAUACUCUAUCACCAGUAUCACCAAUGCCCUCAUCAACUCCUUGGGUAACACCCCACUUCUCCAAUGCCAAAACGGUCAACUCUCAACUGUUGCCCUCUGCAUUACUAAGGAUUUGGAGCUCAUGGACUGUCCAGCCCUCGAUGGUUGGAGUUGCUCUGGAUCUACCAUCAUCCCAUCAACUGAUUAA